AUGAAGCCAGCCACGUCCUUCUUCCUCGCCGCCCUGGUGUCGCGCGCCCUCUCCCAGGACGAGACCAGCACAGUCACCCAGUCCAUACCAGCAACAACCACGUCCUCGGGCGAAGCAGCCGACGGCUCCGCCGCCUGCGCCGCCUCAGCCCUGUCCCUGCUCGCCGCCCUCCCCACCCUCCCGGCCGGGGCCGCCUCCUUCGCCCUCACGGCCGGGGCCGCGACGACCAGCCCCUCACAGGACCCCUGCGCCCUGACCUGGCCCGCAAGCCUCUCCUCCGACGUCCUAGGCUACGAGUCCGCCGUCGCCUCCUUCGUCUCCGACCGCCGCAGCGAGCUCGACGCCCUCGCGGCCGACUGCACGGACCUCAUCGACGGGCCCGCCGGCAGCGUCCUCUGCUCGACCGAGGCGAGGCACGUCUUCACGGGGGACGGCACGACGACGACUGAGUCGGUUGGCUACACUGUCUUUCCCGCGCUGGCGACGCAGCAGACGAGCGGGACCGUGACGGAGACGGAGACGCAGACGCAGACGCAGACGAGCACGACCGAGACGACGGGGACCGAGACGGGCGAGGACGGCGCGCAGGAGACGGGCGGUGAGGACGGGGAUAGCCUGGCUGGCCGCGCCGGGGCCAACGUGUAUGCUGUUGGGGCCUUGGUUGGCGUUCUCGGUGUUGCUGCUGCGCUGUGA